UACUGUCCAGUGUUAUUUAGAUGUGGUCUAUUAGAUGAAAAGAGGUUAAUUAAGAGAAUCAAGUGUCUUCAAACUUAUCGUUGCCUUGGUAUCAAAACACUAGCUGGUGGUGAACUGUAUGAAAGGUUAAGAGAAAACAAGAGAAAGAAUGAAGGCAUCACUUGAUUUAAUAACAAAGAAUAACAAGUCAAUUGCUUCAACAGAACAGCAGAAUGCUACUAUAUCAUGUACUAAUACUGAACUACAAGGACAACAAGCAAUGUGUAGUACUGGUAAAACAAAAUACUCAUUAACUCCAUUAAACAUUACAUACUCACCCGGUGUGGAGCAACUGGAUCAUGAAGAGAAACAAAUAUGUUCAGUCCAUCGUAUAUUGCCUGAUGUAUAUUUACACUGUAAAGGAGUAAUGAUUGCUGAGAGUAGGAAAUGUGGAGGGAAGCUACGUCUGAUGGAUGCUAGGAAGUUGUGUCGUAUUGAUGUAAAUAAAACUAGAAAGAUAUAUAAUCAUCUUGUGUCUAAAGGACUUAUAAAAGCACCAUCUUAACUUAUUAAUGCAUGUAUGUGUAUUUAUCAUUUGUAAUA